AGCUCGGCGAACUCUCUGCAGUGUUCAUUGUCCCCUGCAUACCUCCAUCAUUCAAACCAUACGAACAUGGCUGCUGUGAAGAACGCUCCUCAAUGGGUCCGGGACCUUAAGCCCGCCUCUCCGACCGGUCCGGAGCUCUUGGAGCAAGAACGCAAGAGCAGCAAUGUCAACGUGGAUCAACUUGCCAACUUCCUCUUCACCAAAGAGGCCCGGGAGAAGAAGAGGAAGAUCUUGAAGCUACUCCAAGACGACAAAGUCUUCGACAAGUCCCAGAACUACUUCGCCGGCCGCAUUGACCGUUUCGAGACUGCUCUGGCAAGGGCAAAAGCUCUGCAAAAGCUCGCGGUAAAACACGGCUUGGAUGAUGAUGAGAAGAAGAUUGCGGAGCUCUUGAUCUCCGAGCCCGGGCCAUAUGGACUGCACGAGCACAUGUUCUUGGUCACGUUGAGAGACCAAGGUAGUGAAGAGCAGCGUGAAAAGUUCUUCAAGCCUGCGCAGGCCUACAAGAUCAUUGGAUGUUAUGCCCAGACAGAGCUUGGCCAUGGAAGCAACGUGCGCGGCCUGGAGACCACCGCUACCUGGAACAGCGACGACAAAACUUUUACCCUGCACUCUCCACACUUGACCGCGUCGAAAUGGUGGAUUGGGUCUCUCGGACGAACGGCGAAUCAUGCUGUGGUCAUGGCACAGCUCGUCAUUGAUGGCAAGGGCUACGGUCCGCAUCCAUUUGUGGUGCAAAUCCGUGACCUCAAGACUCAUCAAGCAUUGGAGGGCGUUCACGUGGGCGACAUUGGUCCAAAAUUUGGCUACAAUACCAUGGAUAACGGAUAUCUGCUCUUCAACAAGGUCAAAAUCCCGCAUAUCAGCAUGUUGGCGCGCUUCAGCUCCGUAGACGCAAAGACGAACAAGUAUGUGCGUCCUUCAUCGCCAUCGCUGGUCUACGGUACCUUGACUUGGAUCCGAAGCACCAUUGUCAUGCAAGCUGGUAGCGUGCUGGCGCGCGGUGUCACCAUCGCCACGCGCUACUGUGCUGUGCGAAGGCAAUUCCAAGAUCGCGAUGCCCCCGAGUGGGAGAAGGGCGAGAAUCAAGUGCUCAACUAUACCAUGGUUCAAAUCCGCCUCCUGCCCCUCCUCGCGGCCACAUUCGCGUUGCACUUCACCGGAAAAGGAAUGCAAGCUCUUUAUGAGGCAAAUCACAAGAAGAUGGCCCAGAAGACCUCUGACUCCAACACCACCCGCGGCACCGGCCCCGAGGAGACUCAAAGCUCGUCUGACCUCCUCGCCGAUCUGCACGCCACGUCUUGUGGUUUGAAGUCGCUCGCAUCUUCCGUCGCAGCCGAAGGUCUCGAGGUCUGCCGCCGAGCCUGCGGCGGUCACGGAUAUUCCUCCUUUGGGGGUAUCGGCGCCUGGUACGCCGAUUACCUGCCCACCGCUACCUGGGAGGGCGACAACUACAUGCUCACGCAGCAAGUCGCACGCUACAUGUUGAAGUCCGCACGCUCCGUACUCCAAGGCCAAGAGCCCUCGAACGACACCACGGCCGUUCUCUCUUGGUACCACAAACGCCAAGAUCAAGGCGCCGCUUUCGACAUCCUCGGCAAGGACGAAGACAUUGUCUCCGCCUUUGCCUGGCGCAGCGCCUACCUCACCUUUGAAGCGCUCAAGCACCGUGAGGAGCAGAAGCGCACCUGGAACUCGCUGCUCGUGGACUUUUACCGCCUCAGCAAGGCACACAGCCAGUACAUGGUAGUGAAGAACUUCCACGAAACCAUCGCCACCAACAACAACCUCGACCCGGAGACGCUGUCGCUCCUGCACAAGCUCUUCCGCCUCUACGCCCUGCACACGCUCGAGACCGAGAGCGCGGAGUUCUUCACCUCCGCCGCGGCGACGGUGCGUCAAAUCCAGCUGGCCCGCUCGAAGGCGGUGAUGACGCUCAUGGAGGAGAUUCGCCCGCACGCCGUGCGCUUGGUGGACAGCUGGGACUUCCCGGAUUGGCAGCUGGAUUCGAGCUUGGGACGCUACGAUGGCAAAGUCUAUGAGGACAUGUUCUACCGCGCGAAUGAUCUCAAUCCGUUGAACAGGGUGGACAUUGACCCUUACCCGGACAGCGCGACGCUGUUCCGGAAGAAUGAGAGCGAUGGGCUGAAGAGCAAGUUGUAGGGCUGGUGAUGGAUCUUGUGGAAGAUGUAUUAUGUGCUCUCCUUUAUACAAUCGAGUUUGGAGGUCACCGCGAGGAUAGUACAGUUCGCAGAUUAUUGGCGUUGCGGUGGAGAGCGGACAGUUGGCGAUAGGAAUCAAUGUGAAACUUGUACAAUCCAUGUACCUUAUCUUAGUUCCCAGGCACGUCGUCUUCAUUUUCUU